AGCAUUGUAGCGUCGUCAGUAUAGCGCCGAGUGCGAGCAGACAGUUAACUCGGCACUGUGCUAAGCAAAAUGGCAGACACGGUGAAUGAAAUUGUUUCCCAGGCGGCUGAGAACAUCACCGAAAAUGCCAAGAACGCCACAGCCAAGGUGCCUUCAACCCCCGAAGGUAUGGCCAUCGCCUAUGGAAGCCUCGUUAUUAUGGCUAUCUUGCCCAUUUUCUUCGGUAGUUACCGCUCCGUCAGGCACCAUAAGGAGCAAAAGAAACAUUAUGAAAAUAGUGGAGAAAAGCCUGAAACUAUGAGCCGCAAGGAUGCUGCUAUGUUUCCCUUUAUUUCCAGUAUAGCACUUUUUGGGCUUUAUAUAUUUUUCCAGAUAUUCUCUAAAGAAUAUAUCAAUCUCUUACUUACUGGAUAUUUUUUUUUCCUUGGUAUUUUGGCCCUUUGCCAUCUUUCAAGUCCUCUCAUUACAUCUCUAGUUCCUGCAGCUAUUCCUAAGACAAAAUAUCAUCUGAGACUCACAGAGAAUGAAGAUGACAUUAUCAAUUAUAAAUUUGAUCUCCAUGAUUUGGUUUGUUUAGGAUGUUGUUCUUUAGUAGGCGCUUGGUAUUUAUUAAAAAAGCACUGGAUUGCUAACAACUUGUUUGGGAUUGCAUUUGCUAUCAAUGGAGUAGAGCUUUUGCAUUUGAACAAUGUGGUGACUGGAGGUAUUCUCCUGUCUGGGCUAUUUGUAUAUGAUAUAUUUUGGGUAUUUGGAACAAAUGUCAUGGUCACAGUUGCCAGGUCAUUUGAAGCUCCUAUUAAGCUAGUAUUUCCUCAAGACUUAUUGGAAAAAGGCCUGCAUGGUACUAAUUUUGCUAUGCUAGGAUUAGGUGACAUUGUUGUACCUGGAAUUUUCAUUGCCUUGUUGCUGAGGUUUGACCACAGUUUGAAAAGAAAAUCAAAUACUUAUUUCUAUGUCACUUUCUUUGCCUACUUCUUGGGUCUACUUGUUACCUUGCUGUUCAUGCAACUAUUCAAUCAUGCUCAACCAGCAUUGUUGUAUUUAGUUCCUGCUUGUCUGGGAACUCCUUUGUUGGUUGCACUUUUCAAAGGAGAUCUGAAGGCUUUAUUUUCGUACGAGGAUCAUCCAUCUGAAACUACAGAAAACAAAGAAACGACAAAAACGACACAAACAGAUAAUAAAAAAGAAAAGUAAAAUGUGUAUUUGUACUCAUCAUACAUGUGAUAACGCAGAUAAAAUCGCGACAGUUGGAAUAGAAGAGAACUUGUUUAGUGCAAAGGAUGUUUGUUUUCAUAGAGUUUGAGAGAUUUGUAAUAUGUGAGUGUGAGAACGUUAUUGAUACAAAUGUCAGUCACUUCACAAUGACUAUUCAAGUACAUGUUAAUGUUGUACUUUUUUCUAUGCAUAAUAUUCUGAUUUCAUUAUUUUUCCUUGUUUUAUAAUCCAAUUAAUAUAUCGUUUUGUUUUUCAAAAUUUAAUACCUAAGAUAAACUUAACAUGAAAAAAUUUGACUUUGAAGUAGCUUCGAUUUACUUCAGAAUGACUAUGCAAGUAUGUUAAUAUUGUACUUUUUUCUAUGUAUAAUCUGAUUUCGUUAUUCUUCUUUCUUUUUGAAUCAAAUUAAUAUUACAUCAUUUUGUUUUUGUUUUUCAAAAUUCAAUACUUCAGAUAAACUUAAUAUCAAAAAGUUUGACUUACUCUGGAGUAGCUUCAAUUCUCUUGAACAAAAUUGUAUAAUUCUUUAAAUGAACUAUAUGCCAUAUUGAUAAUCAUUGCAUAAAAAAUUUAGAUAUGAAAAUUAGCCUAACUUUGAAAGAAAAUAUUAAUGAUGCUUUGUUGAACUAUUAAAAAAUAUUUUUGUUCACACGUUAAUUUAAUGUGAACAUAAUUUAACAUAAAUUCAUUCAAUUUAUACAUAUUUAAUUAAUAUGAAUCUCCAGCUCAUGGAUAGUCCUAAGAUAUUUAUCUGUCAAUUGGUGAAAGAGCUUUUCCGUAUCAGUGAAAUAAUAUUGAGAUUGGUAGUAUCCAAUAAUUAUCUAAAUUUUUUUGAAGCAAGAAAUUUAUAAAAAUAAAAUUUACAAAACAUUUAAAUGAGCAAACUUAACUGUCCUGUAAACUACAUUUUAAAUUUUAUAAAUAUUGAAAGCUACUAUCAGAGAAUGUAGUAAUAAACCUUUUGAUUUUAUUUCAAUGCUUUUGAAAAAAUUGUUUAAAUUUGUUAAUUAAAUAUCGUGUGAUCAUAAAAUAAAAUAUUGCGCACAAAAAUCAUAAUAAAAUCUUCCGUAAAAAUUUACAAGACUUAAUGGAAUGAAAAAUUAUAAACUACAAACGAUGAAAAAAGUAUGAAUGAAAAGUUUGUGCUAAUAUUUCUUAAUUUUAUAUUGUUCUAGAGACUGAUAAGAACAGUGAUUAAAUUUUGUGAAUAAGUUCAAUUUGAUAUGUAGGAAAAUUUCAUAGAUGUUAUAUAUGAUAAAUUAAUUGAAAGAGAAUUUUGUUCAAGUAUUUUGAAUGGAGAGCCAAAUACUGAUAUUGUAUCUGAAAAACAUUUUUUUACACAUAAAUUACAUUAAUGAAUGUAAUCUACCAUAAUUGUCACACAAAUAUAUUCAAUAAACAUACUUGUCCAAAUAA